UGCGGCCCUGCUUGAGGCAAGACAACUCACCAAGGUGAACAAAUGUUUUCAGAGAACUGAAGAAUAAUUUAAGCUGCCACUUUUACCUGUGUGGCUACGUUUCUAGCCAUUCCAUUCUACCACUGAACAGUUUUAAGUCCACCUGGGGACUGUGUGCGUUAAGUGUAUAUAAAGUCAGAAUUGUUAUGUGAGCAUUGCACAUAAGACUGAAGGCAUGUUAUAAUAAUAACAGCACAGCUAACCCGUGCUAUUUACCUUUAGGUUAAUGACUUACUAUCUCGCUGGCUAGGCCAAUGGCAUGUUCGAAUACUAACAGGAACACUUGUGGUCUGGAGGCAACCUAGCCUUUGCAUUAUUGGCUGGCUAAGAUAACAUUAGCUCACUCGCAUACAUCCAACCAAAUCUCCAUAGAUACAGUGCUUUAUGUUAAACAAUGAGCCAGUCGAGAUGGGGCAGACCCUGUGCAUAUGUUCCCGUGGCUCCAUCACCAUCGACAACAAGAAGUAUUACUUCAUCCAACAACUAGAUGAGGGUGGGUUCAGUUAUGUUGAUCUGGUAGAGGGGGCAAAGGAUGGGCGAUCUUAUGCUCUGAAAAGGAUCCUGUGCCAUGACCGCGAAGGCCGCCACGAGGCUCAGACGGAGAUUGAGAUGCAUCACAUGUUUAAUCACCCUAACGUCUUGAGCCUGGUUGCACACACCUUUGUCGACCGUGGAGGCAAGAGUGAAGCCUGGUUACUUCUCCCUUAUAUCAGUAAAGGCAGCCUGUGGUGUGUUUUGGAGAAGCUAAGAGACAAAGGCAGCUCAAUGCCCGAAAGACAGAUCUUGCAAAUUUUGCGUGGCAUCUGUUUGGGACUCAAGGCUAUUCAUGAAAAAGGCUAUGCACACAGAGAUCUGAAGCCCACAAAUGUGCUUCUGGAUGAAGAUGACAGGCCAUUUCUGAUGGACCUGGGCUCUAUGAACCAUGCCAGGAUUGAGGUCAGAGGCAGCAGGGAAGCCAUGACCAUACAGGACUGGGCAGCCCAGCGCUGCACCAUUUCCUACAGGGCUCCUGAGCUCUUCAAUGUCGAGAGUCACUGCAUUAUAGACGAGCGAACUGACAUCUGGUCACUUGGCUGUGUGCUUUACUGCAUGAUGAUGUUGGAGGGACCGUUCGACCUCAUAUUUCAGAAGGGGGACAGUGUUGCCCUCGCUGUCCAGAAUCCAGUGACCAUUCCACCGUCCUGCAGUUACUCCGAGGGCCUGCAGAUGCUGCUGAGCUCCAUCAUGGUGUCAAACCCACAGGAGAGACCAAACAUCAGCUGGGUCCUUGACCAGGUACAGGACCUUCAGAGUCGCAGCCCCAACACCCAGACCAACAUGGUUUGAUGCUGCACACAGGGCGCUCUAGGUUUGAGCUCACGGAGACAUUUGCACACAUAAAUGAAUGAAAUGAAUGCAUCUCAUUGAUUUUUAGGCUUGAAAAUAUUCAUUUUUAUUUAUUGACUUGAGUACAAAAUUCUUGGCAUCAGCAUCAGCUUUUUUUGAAUGUUCAGAUCCAGCCCCCAUAUCCCAGUGGACUCUUGUUAUCCCUAUAGGCGAUCCAAAUGUCCAUCUUAAAGGCCUUAAAUAUAGUUUGACCCUGCUGUGUGAUGGAGGCAAGGCUUGCUUCUAAUAAUGAGUUUACCCCUGUGUUGUUAAAGGGACAGAUCGACAUUUAGAAAAAUAUUCACAUUCUUUGACGGUCAUGUGAGAACAGAUACUCUCAUGUCUGUUUAUUCAACGUGACUCUGGAGCCAGCAGCCAGUUACCCUAACUUAUUACAGCUUAGCAAUAAAGGCUGGAAAGCAGGGGGAACAGCUAGCGGAGCUCUGUAGAAAGGUAACAGUUAAAAAAGAUAAUAAAACAUUUUUGGAAUGGAUAAUUCAAUAAGAGCCUUGCUUUCUAGUCUCUAUGCCAAGCUAAGCUAACAGGCUGCCAGCUGAAUUUCUAUUUUAUUAUGACAGUAAAGAAGGAAAUGCAUGAUUGUCGAAAAAUUGUAGUUUUUUAACGUUCGAUUGGGUGAGGCUGCCUGAGUUAAAUAGAUAUGAGAUUAUAUUCUUCAUCUUUCAUCUCAAUUUCUGAGUUUUGUGUGUAUGUGUGUGUGUAACACUCAGAGUUUGUCUGUACUGAGGAAAAGGCAGUGUCCUCCUCACCUGCAAUGCUGUAUUUGACCACACAGAGGUGCUAUAGCAUCACAGACCCCUGCUCCCUUAUAGACAUACAGAUUGACCAUUUCUCUGUCUGUGCUGUCAGUUUAUGUGCAUAUAGGAAGGAGAAGGGGCCAGGUGUUACUAUUACACACCUAAACACACACAUGAUUUUAUGAAAUAUAACUCUAAGUCAUUGUCAUUGCAGUUUACCCGUGUGUUGCUGCAUUUUUCACUGUAAUUUGUUUUUAAAAGUAUUUUCUAUUCCAGCUGUG